AUGGCAGUAAGCGGUACAGAGUAUGGAGAACUGAAAAGAACGGAUCACGAAGAAUUUUUUUCAUUAUUUCGAAUGUCACCCGAAUAUUUUGACAUUCUGGUUGAUCUGGUCAAACCGUACUUAGUAAAGAGAAGCAUUCGUUCACCAUUUCCAACAGAACUGCGGCUUGCUGUCACAUUAAUGUAUCUUGCUCAAGGUGAUAGUGCCAGGUCGAAACAUUUGGAAUUUAGACUUGGAAAAUCCACUGUGCAUUCCAUUAUUAAUGAAACAUGCCGAGCACUAUGGUUUGCAUUAAGUCCUGUUGUGUUGAAACCCGUAAAUCGUUUCGGCUGGGAGUUGAUCAGUGAGGAAUUUAUGGCGAAUUGGCAAUUCCCAAACUGCUUGGGAGCAAUAGAUGGAAGACAUAUGCGUAUUCAAGCUCCUCGUAACUCAGGAUCUACCUUCUAUAAUUACAAGCAAUUUUUUAGUAUCGUGUUACUUGCAACAUGUGAUGCCAAAUAUAAAUUUACUUGGAUUGAUAUUGGCCAGUAUGGUUCCAUCAGCGAUGGUGGCGUUUGGGCAAAUACAGAUUUUGCACAAGAUUUACAGAAUGGAGCCAUUGAUCUGCCCAUUCCAAGACCACUCCCUGAGAGAAACAUACCUUUUCCAUUUGUAUUUGUGGCAGAUGAGGCAUUUCCUCUAACUACCUAUCUUAUGCGCCCAUAUUCACGUAAAAAUAGUAGUCACUUCUCAAUCGAUAUACGUAUUUUUAAUUAUAGAUUAUCUCGUUGUCGCAGAAUAAUUGAAAAUACUUUUGGAAUUCUCACGGCACGUUGGCAGAUCUUACAUAAGCCUCUUUGUAUGUCUCUAGAGAAUAGUGAAAUGUUAUUUAAAAUACUCGUAUGUCUGCACAAUUUUGUAAUGAUGGGUGAGGAAGAAUUGCCUAUGCAUAUUAGACGUUACUGUCCACCAGACUAUAUUGAUCGAGAAGAAAAUUACGUUGUACAAGAAGGACGUUGGAGAGAGCAACAUUCAGCCUACUUUAAGCAUUUGGGUAGAGUAGGAGCAAAUCGAGCUGGGACUGUCGCAGAAGGUUUACGAAAUUAUUUGCGAGAUUACUUUAUCUCUCCUACUGGAGUAUCUCAAGUACCUUGGCAAUACGAAGCUGCUCUUGGAACUGUACGAAUUAAUCCACCUGCUCGCUAA